AUGGGUAUCUUCAAGCGCAAGGACUCGAAGAACUCGAUCCAAGCGGAGAAGGACGAUCGGGAUUCAUUUGUAUCCGUCAACAGCGCUCGGACUUCCAAUGCUUCCUUGAAAUCGCCUGGCUACAAGGGAAGCGGCUUACCCUCAUCCAUCCCUGAGCUGUCAAUCGCAGGUCCACCAGAUCCAGCCCUAGAUCCAGCAGCCUACCUGCGCAGCAUCCAUGCCGUUCGACAUCGAUCACAUGUUAUUCUCAGGAAGGCGAAGAGAAACCAGCUCAAUCAUUUCGAUGUUGACAUGACCAAGUUUGCUGAGACGGCGUCGUAUGUAGUGUCGAUUAUCAAGAGAGACUACGCUCCCGACUACUCGUCCAUUCCUGCCCAUGGCCGUUGGCAACAUUUCGAUGUCGGCGGAAGACCCCGCGUCAACCAACUGCUUCAGUCUUGGCCGAGCACAAUCGAUGCGCAGGAGCGCACUCGACGACUAAUCGACCUCUUCGUGGUUUCGGUGCUCCUGGAUGCUGGCGCGGGGAACAAAUGGUCCUAUAAGUCUAAGGAGUCCGGCAAAAUUUACUCUCGCAGUGAGGGUCUCGCGGUGGCCACGCUCGAAAUGUUCAAGAGCGGGCUCUUCAGCAGCGACCCAACCGAACCUUGUCAGGUCGAUGGAGAGGGCCUCAAAAAGAUCACUGUUCAAGUCUUGGCCAGGGGUUUCCAACACUCUGAAAGCAACCCUUUAGCUGGCAUCGAGGGCCGCGCAGGCCUUUUGAUAAGGUUAUCGGACGCCCUAUACCGUCAAGAUUUCUUCGGUGUAGAUGCAAGACCAGGAAACAUGCUUGACUACUUGCUUUCACACCCAUCAACAUUAGCCUCAUCUGUACCCAUAGUACCCAUAACAACACUAUGGUCUAUCUUAAUGGAUGGUUUCGCUUCGAUCUGGCCCCCUUCCCGAACAAAGAUCGAUGGGCUGAGCAUUGGAGAUGCUUGGCCGUGCUCGGAUCUCCCACGAUCUCCCCCGGCACAGUCAUGGGAGUCUAUCGUUCCAUUCCACAAGCUCACACAGUGGCUGUGCUAUUCAGUCAUGAUCCCGAUGUCGAAAUUAAUGAAGAUUUACUUUGCCGGUAGCGAACUCCUUACCGGCCUCCCGGAAUAUCGAAACGGUGGCCUUUUUAUUGACUUGGGGCUUUUGACCCUCAAGGAGGCCGACCUUGAGCGAGGUAUUGCGGCAUACAAAGACAAUGCACAGAUCAAAGGACAGCCUAGCGUGGAAGUGGUGCCUCUUUUCUCCACCGACGACGAUGUAGUAGUCGAAUGGCGAGCACUUACUGUCGGGUUUCUAGAUGACCUCCUGGAAGAGGUCAAUGGGCAGCUAGGACUGCUGGGAGAGGACCAAUUGACACUGGCCCAGAUGCUUGAAGCUGGUACAUGGAAGGGUGGUCGUGAAAUCGCCGAAGUUUCCAGGCCGAACACAAAAGAACCGCCUAUCAUGAUCCGCUCCGAUGGUACCGUAUUCUAA